GGGUAUGGAACCAGCCAAAAACGACCCCACUAACAUAACAAACACUAAACAUAACAGCAUUGAAGUUUCUUCCAUCUUCACAGUGUAUUCUUUACCAUGUCAAUUUGUGUAAUAAAAAUGGAGUCAUUUGAUGGAUAUUUGUAAAUAAAUAAGGAAAAUGAAUUUGCAGACGCUUUUCCAAGACUUCAAUCCAAGCAAGUUUAUCGUACAUUCUUGUCUGUUGGUAUUCACCGCACUCUUUGCCCUACGAUUAGAUAAUUAUAUUACCUGGUCUUUUUGGACGGUUUUUACACCAAUAUGGGUCUGGAAGGUACUAGUGAUCACAGGCGCCACUGUAGGUAGUUACGUAUGGUGGAGGUAUCCACACUUUAGGUUAGAAGGUGAGGCGUACAUUCACUACAAAUCGAUGUUAAUAUCCUUAGCAUUGCAUCUGAUAUUGUUGAUGUUCGAAUUACUCGUUUGUGAUAAAUUGGAAUCGUCUCGACACCUGUGGAUUUUAGUAUUUAUACCCCUAAUAUUUAUAUCUAUAGUUAGUAUCGCCGUAUGCAUUUGGGCUGUAAAACACGACAGAUCAUUUGAGCUCGAAUUAUUUUGUGCCGUUAAUGUGUUACAAUUCAUAUUUCUUGCCUUGAGGUUGGAUAGGUUUAUCCUGUGGUCCUGGGAGGUUGUAUUCGUGCCAUUGUGGAUCGUAAUGUGCCUGUCGUUGGUCGGCGUGUUAUACACAAUCAUUUUUGCAGCCAUUUUGUUAAGGACGCCAGAAGUAAAUGCUCAACAAAGGAGGAGCAGUUUCAAUUCUGCUCUGGGCUACACGUUUUUAGUGAUUCCUAUUCUUAUAUUCCAAGUAUUGUUGGCCAAUAAAUUGGACGACGAUAUUCGGAUGACCUAUACGGCCGUAGUUAGCCCACUUUUCAUUUCAUUUAUAACCCUAAUUUUAAUGUCUUUCAGUGCCAAGGGGGGAAAUAAAUGGUGGUUUGGGAUGCGUAAAGAUUUCUGUUCGUUUGUACUGGGGGCGUGCCCCCUUCUCCAAGAAUAUGCCAACAUAGCUUACCAUUCGGAAAGACGGAACAAUGGCGUGGAGUUGGAGCAGCAAAUGGAAGCCAACGAGAAACACGUUAAAAGAGCAGACUUGAUGAAGCCCGUCUUACCUAUAAUUUCGAUCGAGAUGCCCGACUGAGAUAAUGACUAUUGUUUGUAUGUGUAUUGUCUUUCAUUGUACAGUUUCGGAAAUAACACGACUGCUGCAACGGAUAAAAGGUGGCAGAGUUGUCAAAUCUCCAGUUUUGUGAUAUCCGUGAAGCAAACUAACCUUACAGUUUCGAAUAGACUUUUUUUUUGAGUUUGCAAUUGAAAUCGUCAGCUUUCAGUUAAAAAAUAAACCUGGAAUCAUUUAUUUAUUUUCUGUUAUUGUAGUAUGACGUUAUUUUGUUUGCCAAGUGCAGAAUAAGUAGGGUUAAAUAUAAUUUUUGUGAAACUUGUACUUAUUUUGGUUUUCAAAUAUAAGCAGUAUGAAACUUG